AUGGCUCGUCUGGAGACCCUUCUGCUUCUGGCCGCCGCGCUGGUUCACGCGCGUCCGGUCGCCCUUCCCUCCGGGCCGUAUAUGCGCCAGUGGAAUGCCACGGCAGCAUCUGUCUCCCUUCCUGCAGUUUCCUCUUCAUCCCUUUCCCUCCUCCCCACCACUUCCAUCCCGGAUCCCUCGGUCUCGACUAUCUCUCCUCCUGGCUCCAUCUCAACUACCUCUCUUCCCGGUUCUGUCUCAACCGUCCUCGCCGCCGUUCCCUUCUCGGCCGUUCCUCUCUCGGUCGUUCCUCUCUCGGCCGUUCCUCUCUCGGCCGUUGCCUCCCCCGCCGUAUCCUCCUCCGCCGUAUCCUCCUCCGAGGCUGCUUCAUCAGCCUCAGUUCCAUCCUCCAGCCCCGCUCCGCCUACGUCGUCGUCAUCCGCUGCCCCCGUCCCGCAUGCUCCUUCAACUCCAGGCGGCCCUUCCGAUGCCGAGAAGGCGGCCACGGGAGCCGUUCUUGGUCUUGCUGCUGCGGGCGCCCUUGGUGGUGGCCUCAUGAGCAUGCCGGCUUCGGAAGGCCUCAGUGUGGGAGCCGCAACGGCUGAUGGCCUCUCUUCGGGUGGGUCUGCGCUUAGUGUUGUGAGCCAGCCGGUUUCCGAAGGCGCGUCUUCAGCAGCUGGGACGGUCAUCCAGCAUGGAGCGGAAAGCCUUGCUGGUUCGGAGUCGACCACCGGCACCGUCAUUCACCAUGGGGUCGAGAGCCUAUCUGGCAGUGAAUCAUCAACCGGCACUAUCGCCCAGCAUGGAGCGGAGAGUCUGGCCGGUUCGGAGUCGAGCAGUGACACUGUCAUUCAGCACGGAGCGGAAAGUCUAGCUGGCUCGGAGUCGUCAGUCGGCUCUGUUGCUCAACAUGGAGUCGACAGCCUAUCAGGUUCUGAAUCGUCAAGCGGCACGGCCAUUCACCAUGCGGCGGAUAGCCUACCUGGCUCUGAAUCGUCCACCGGCUCAGUCGUUCACCAAGAGCCGGAGGCCCUAUCUGGCUCAGAACCAUCGCCGCCCAGCUCGGGCAGUGGCUCAUCAACGGGCUCUGUGGCCUACCAGGGCACCAGGCUGGACCCCAUCGCGGAGGUGUCGGAGGACGGGCUGUCGUCCGCGGGCUCGCCUGCGGAGUCCGUCGUCCAGACGCCCCAGUUGAACAGAUGGGGACUUGAGGACAUUCCGGAGGAGACCCCCAGUGAGCUCGCGGCAGACUCGCAAUCAGUCAAGUCAAACAGCCCUUCUGAUGUCACCGCUUCAGACACAAGCUACAAUUCAUACCACAGCAGUGAAAGCGGGGACAUUCAGGGUACCCAUCAGCCUGAGUUCUCUGGGGAGAGUUCGGGUUCGCAAGGAACAGAACUUGGCAGCUAUCACAGCUCUCAGUCGUCGGGCAUUCGCAUGAAGCCCAACCCCCAAUUCGAUACCAGUUCCCAAGGCAGCGGUUCCGGCGAGAGCGACGGCCUCUCCGACUCCGGCGAAUACCACUCCGAGUCCCCGUCCCCCACGACUCCAUCCACCCCCGCGGAGCCCGCAAACACCACGCCACCCCAGCAGUCGCAGCCAUCUGCAGCGCCCAAGGCCGCAUCACCCGCCGCACCGCCCGUUAAGGCCGCUGCUCCUGCUGCUCCUGCUGCUCCAGCUGCUCCUGCCAGCGGCCCAGCCAGCGGCCCAGCCAGUAUCCCGCCCGCAACAGAAAUGCAGGCUGGCAAGCCGCCAACGCCAGAAGAAGCCGCAGCUCUAGCGGCCGAGCAGGAGUAUCAGGCAGACUAUGCGCGGAACCAUCCAAACGGCGAGGUUGAUAGCUUUUGUCAGUUUUGCUGA